CACAUCUGCCCUCUGAGCCACUGAAGUCUUGCUGUGCUUAAGAUCUAUACACUACUCAUAUUGGAGGAGCCACUCUGAAAGACUGCCAACCAUCAAUUAUCGCAUACACACACCUACCUGCCUUGAGAGCACAACACCCUCGAAGAGAAAGCCACAAUGACGGAUACCAUGCCUCUCCCUUCCACAACAACACAACUUCCGCGGAACGACUCCUUCUCCGCCGACGAUAUUAGCAAGGCAUUCCAGGCUUCGGCGGCCAAACCACGCAACAACCUCUCAUUACGCAUCGUGCAGCAAGACGAGACCCUCGUUCCGCCACCGUCACCACACCACUCAAGACCCUCGACAAGACGGUCGUCCUUCUGCGGGCGCCCAGACAUGAGGAGUUGACGAGCGAAAGCCACUGGGUGAGCGUGCUCUGAGCGAGCAUGUCUCUGUAUUCGUUUACGAGCAGUCGGUGUUGGUAGGCGUUUACGGUCGGGUAGGGAAUAAUAUUACAGGUCUUAGUCGGCACCAGUAAUGCACUUGAGCUUCGGGAGUUGAGACGGCGUAUCUUUGUCCUAUUGGCCAUGGGUGAAGGCGCUCCUGAUUGGCAAUGACUGUUAUAAUGCAGACUUCUGAGGCCGGUGAUUAUGGGGACGGGAUGGCGUAGGAAGCACUUUCAGCACCUCAGACAUAUGCAGACGUUCUGAACGUUGCGCUCUGCCAGGAAGGGUGAAGCAAUCGAUUGCGGAAGGUGCAGCUUCAGCUUCUAAACGAGGUUGCGGAAUCGCACGAGAAAC